UUCUGGUGUUCCUUUCAAGCGUGACCAGAGAAGGCGCAAGUGCUCAAGUGACUCAUGCUUGUUUGACAUCUGUUGGCACAAACACGUCAGUGACAGAGAAUUCAGGAGACCCGCCCCAAGCUCCAACUACGAGGUCCAUUGGUACUGGCAGUAGUGAGAGGUGCUCUAUGUUUCAGGGCUACGACAGCAUUUGUGGGACUCCAGAAAUUGUAACAGACCUCUGCGGUGUUACCAUCAACGUCUUUGCACUACUGUUGAGUCUCAUAACACACCUGAGAGUUCGUGAAGUGGAUGUUACACUGCCUAACAAACUCUUAAUUUUCUUGAUGAAGCUCAAGCUAGGUAUAUCGUUUUCAUCAAUAGGCAGCCUUUUUGGUGUUCACAGGACAACAGCAUCCCGUAUCUUCCACUCGAUUUUGGAUGUACUUUCAAAUGCUACAGCAGAUUGGAUAUUUGUCCCGUCAGUGGAGGCCAUAAGACUCUCUAUGCCAAAAUGUUUUUCUGAGCACUAUCCUAAGUGCAAGUUCAUCAUAGAUUGCACAGAAAUCCGAAUGGAAACCCCAGAUACCCCAGAGAGACAGCGUGCAUUUUUUUCGAACUACAAGGGCUGUCAUACAGUGAAGUUUCUUGUGGCAAUUGCACCAAGCGGAGCUAUUUGUUUUGUUUCUGAAGGUUAUGGAGGGCGCACAACUGAUUCCUCUGUAACUGUCGACUCUGGAUUUUUAGAACACAUUAGUCCAGGUGAUCAAAUCCUGGCUGACAAAGGUUUUCCAUCAAUAAGGACGGUUGUGGGUGAGAAAAAUGCAUUGUUAAUUAUGCCUCCAUUUUACUCUGGUAAGCAGUUCACAGAAGCUGAGAUGACAGACUGUUACAACAUUGCACAGGUUCGAAUUCACGUGGAGAGAAUGAUCCAACGUAUCAAAAUUUAUAAUAUUCUUAACCAUCGUGUACCAGUAUCACUUGUGCCAAAGCUGUCUGCAAUAUUCAGGAUGUGCUGUGUCCUGGCCAAUUUACAGCCUUCAAUAAUCCGUGCUUCUGGCAGCGAGCAAAAGACCGAUAUUUCCACACAAUAACUAGCUGUGAACCGUAAAACAAUGCUGCACAUAUUAAGAGCCAGCUGGUGGUCAGCAAUCUGUAUAUGUUAGAUACAGCGAAGUACAUUCUGUGAAACAAUCCCAACUUGCAUUGCUGUCUUUAUCACACUGUCUUUAUUACGCAGUUUGUCAUAAAAAUGUUUUGUCAGUGUUUGUAUGUCAAGUCCAGUAAAACUACAAGUAUAAUUGAGUACACAUUUG